CAACGGUUGGUUUGUGAACUGCAAAAUCCACAAAGAAGGAGAGGGAAGCGUCUGCUGCGCCCCUGGGUCGUUUUAAAUUGGCCUUUAAAACAUCACCGAAAACUUAAACAACCGCUAGCUAUGGCAGAGGGAGACAACAAAAGCGCCAACGUACUCGCCCAGGAGACGGCCCAGCUGGAGGAGCAGCUGCAGGGCUGGGGAGAGGUGAUCCUGGCUGGGGACCAGGUCCUGCGUUGGAAGAAACCAUGGUUCCCUGGAGCCCUGAUGGCAGCCACCACACUGGUCUUCAUGAUGAUCUAUUACCUGGACCCCUCGGUGCUGACCGGCCUGUCCUGCACUGUCAUGCUGCUGUGUCUGUCUGACUACCUGGUGCCUACCCUAGCACCCCGCAUCUUCGGAUCCAACAAGUGGUCUUCAGAGCAGCAGCAGCGUUUCCAUGAGAUCUGUGGUAACCUGGUGAAGACUCAGCGUCGCAUCCUGGGCUGGUGGAAAAGACUCUUCUCGCUCAAGGAGGAGAAACCCAAGAUGUACUUUGCGUCGGUGAUCAGCAGUCUGGUGACGGUGGCCUGGAUGGGACAGCAAGUCCACAACCUUUUCCUCACCUACCUGAUCGUGAGUUUCCUGCUCCUGCUUCCUGGUCUGAACCAGCAUGGCGUCAUAAGCAAGUACGCUGGCAUGGCCAAGAGGGAGAUCAACAAACUGCUGAAACAGAAGGAGAAGAAGAACGAGUAGGAAGAAAGGAGGAGGAGGAGGAGAAGAGGGGAUCUGUGAGAUGAGACGAACGAGAGAGAAGAAGAACGAGUAGGAAGAAAGAGGAGGAGGAGGAGAAGAGGGGAUCUGUGAGAUGAGACGAACGAGAGAGAAGAAGAACGAGUAGGAAGAAAGAGGAGGAGGAGGAGGAGAGGGGAUCUGUGAGAUGAGACGAACGAGAGAGAAGAAGAACGAGUAGGAAGAAAGAGGAGGAGAAGAAGAGGGGAUCUGUGAGAUGAGACGAACGAGAGAGAAGAAGAAACCCGUAGAUCAAACGUAAAAGAAAAGGAGCUUCAACGAAGUACUUCCUCAGUCUGCUCAGACCAACUCUACACACGCCCUCUCCCCCCUUGACCUCUGACCUGUCACUUAACCAACCAAUCACCUGGCGGGAUUUGUUUUUCAACCUAUCCUCCCACGCAUGCAGUCAGUCGCCACGUCGGUCAAGGCUUUAGCUCACGAGUAGACCACACUGAAACAUUACAACACACACAUAUGAACCCCCCCCCCCCCACAUGGAGGUGGCCCCCAGCUGUGUCUGUCUCUAGAUCCUAUAGGGAGGUGUUUAAGAUACCAGUCACUUAUUAUUACUUUUGAAGUCCGAGGAAAGACUACUGAACAGAAACCUCUAGCAAUAUUAUUAUCCCCUCCCCCCACACAUAUAAUACCAUCACAAUACAACAUAUAAUCAAACUCCAUCUCCCAGAGAGGAUGGGUAGUUUAAUGGACAUACUGAUGGUAGGUAGUGUCAGUAAUUAAAUCUCCCAGAGAGGAUGGGUAGUUUAAUGGACAUACUGAUGGUAGGUAGUGUCAGUAAUUAAAUCUCCCAGAGAGGAUGAGUAGUUUAAUGGACAUACUGAUGGUAGGUAGUGUCAGUAAUUAAAUCUCCCAGAGAGGAUGGGUAGUUUAAUGGACAUACUGAUGGUAGGUAGUGUCAGUAAUUAAAUCUCCCAGAGAGGAUGGGUAGUUUAAUGGACAUACUGAUGGUAGGUAGUGUCAGUAAUUAAAUCUCCCAGAGAGGAUGGGUAGUUUAAUGGACAUACUGAUGGUAGGUAGUGUCAGUAUUGUUUCAGGAGGCUGGGACACUGUUGUUGUUGUUGCUGCCAUCGUUCUUUUACCUUUCAGAUUCCUGCUUCUGUCUGUUUUUUAAGAUUGCACUGAAACCGUAGCAGAAACUGGAGUUUAGAGUAGAGAAGCAGACCUGGGUGACAUCUCCCACGUGGCACCCUAUUCCCUAUGUAGUGCCCUACCCCUAUAGGCCUUGGUCAAGAGUAGUGCACUAUCUAGGGAAUAGGGUGUUAUUUGGGACUCGAGUCUAGUCUGGUGACAUUUGUAAUAUAUAAUUCUGUGUCUGAAAUGGCACCCUAUUCCCUAUGUAGUGCCCUACCCCUAUAGGCCCUGGUCAACAGUAGUGCACUAUCUAGGGAAUACGGUGCUAUUUAAGACACCGCCCUGGUGUGAGCUGACACUGGUUCAGAGACACAGACCUAGGAUCAGCGUAACCUGCCCCCUACCCUGACCUUACUGUCUAGUCCAGGGGAUCUUUACCUUACUAGUCCCACUGCUGUUACGCUGCUAGCUGGACCUGCUAGUCCUUUAUCUGUCCCUCUGUCCCUGUCUAACGACAGUCUAAACCCAGCUCACGUUCCCUGUUAGUGGGUGAACAAUCCAACGCUUGAUGAAAUCUACUAAUAACGCUGUUGGCUGGACCUGCUAGAGUCCUUUCUGUCUCUCUCUCUGGUCGGGGGGCCGAUGAUUGUAAAUACGCCAAUCCUCUUCCUAUCUUUAUUUCUCUGUCUUGUCUGUGUUUAUAUUCUUUACCUACUAUCUCGCUGUUCCUCUCCUCCAUUUCAUCUGUUUUGAGUUCUCUACAAAACAAUGAAUAAAGUCUGAUUUAAAUGAA